AUGAGCUCCCAUAAGCCACGGUUAAAGGACAAACCGUUCAAUUCGAUCAGCAUAAACAAACGAAAACAGGGCGGAGGAGCAAAGCCCAUCAGUACCUUAACAAAAAAGAUUGAAGCCCAGGAUCAUGAUAUACUAAGAGCUCAAAGACUCCGUGAAGAGCUCGAGCAGACUGGGGGGAAGAGCCGUACAAACCAAUCCGAGAUCCCAUGGAACAACCUGUCACCUAGCAAGGACCCUGUUCUGACCCCCAAGUCUCCUAAUAUCACACAUGCAGCCCAAACAAACCCCAAACCCCAUACAGACGUGUUCAAGUUCGAACUCAGAUCCCUCCUUCAUAACAGCAAGCUUUACAAAUCGGUGGGAUUUGCUAGUUUGAAUCUUCAGAUAGACUCAGAUGACACAAUAUACUUUACCCUCAAUGACAAGCUCAUCAAUGACACAUCUGUAUUGAAAGAAACGAUUUCCCAGUUCUUCUUCUGUGAUUACUCGGUCCUCAUACGCUUCAAAGACGGCGGCUUUGCAGUAGCCAAGCACGGAGGCAGGGACUCGGACUUACGGCAGUACUUCAAAGAUAAACCAGAUUGGAAUAUUGACACCAGUGUGACUUUGGAAAAGGAACAAUUGCACAAAUUCCUCAAAUCCAAGAAGCAAGAAAGACAAGAAUUCUCGAACCCGUUGGAUAACAUUCGAAGAAUAUCUCCUUCCAAAAUGUAUGGCAAAGAAGAAAGCGGCCGAGCCACCAGAUCGAAAACAAAAGAAUCUAGAGGUUCCUCUUGGGAACCAAUAAGUCUUGACAGAGACGGCGAAGAAGAAGACUUGAUCACCAAACCAAGAGAGGUUCCAUCGGCGUUCUCACCAGACUUAAAGCAUAAAUUUAGAUCAAACAAAACAUUCACUAUUGGCUAUUCUGAUUUCAAAACUCUUUUCAACAACGACUGGAUCAACGACUCGGUGAUUGACUUCUUCAUUGAAUACGAGAUUGAUAACGCUACAUAUGGAAGCAAAAUACUCGACCCUAGUCUGAUAUAUGCAUUUAACUCAUUUUUCUUUACAAAACUCAUUACGGCGGGAGAGGGGGAAGUGGAUUACUACGGAAACAUCAAACGGUGGGUGAGCAAAUUAGAUCUUCUCCAAUAUCCAUAUAUUAUAAUGCCAAUUAACGAAAAUGCUCAUUGGUACUGUUGCAUUAUCAGAGGCUUGCCAUUGCUUAAAGAGCAGUCCAAAUCUGAAGACAGUGCAGAGUCAGAACUUUUGAAACAAAAAUUACAGAAAGCUCUUCAAGUACCAGACAGUCAAGAAAAGUUUGACAAGUUCAAUAUUUCCGAUGAUAAUAUUGGAGAAGAAACAGACGAGACAGAAGAGGUUAGCUCCGAAUCUCUGGACGCUAAGAAACACACUAAACAAGUGGACAUAUUUGUGUUAGAUUCUCUCAGUCAAAGACACAGCAAUAUCAGUUGGCCACUCAAAAAAUUCAUAAUUGAUUACAGUCAAGACAAGUAUGGCAUUGAGGUCCACAAGAAUCAAAUCCGCGUCCUGACAGCACGAGUUCCAAAGCAGAACAACUUCAAUGAUUGUGGCAUCCAUGUGAUCUACAAUAUCCGUAAAUGGCUCAAUAACAUACCAGAAUGUGAGAAGAUAUGGAGAGGCUCUUACCUGAAGCAUGCAAUGAGAACUAUGUUCGUGGCUGAGGAAAGGAACGGAAUGAGAAACCAGCUCAAGGAUAUUUUGUUAAAAUUGCAUAAGGAGCAAAGGGUUGAUGAGAAGAAUGUCGAGCACGAUGAUGCUGAUGAUGACGACAUUGAGGUAAUAGAAGACCCUUCUCAAACUCCUACACCAGCAGCUGGAUCCAGAAGUGCAAGUCCAGUUAAGCAGUCGAGGCCUUCUACCCCUGUUCCCGAAACUCCAACCAGAGUGGACCAAAAGUCUCUAGCAACAUCUCUGCCGGCAAGAACGCUCGAUCCAAAGGUCCAGCUGGGGGAAAUCUUGAUAAAUGAGUCUUUGAACCGUAAGUUAGCAGGAUAUGCAUUAAAGCCCUACAUAGUGGAAAUGUUGAACGAACUCUUCAGGAAAAAAAACAUGGAGUUGAGUUCUGCUAAACUUACCUUGGUGACUGAGUUAGUGAAGAACAUCAAUAGCUUGCAUCAACUCGACCCUCGAGUGAAAAGUUACUGCAACGAGUUUGAUUCCAAGUAUCAGCAGUUGUCCAGUACAUCGGAAGAAAGUCAGAGGCCCAAAAACCAACCGUUCAAGAUCGAACAUCAAGAGCUGGACCUUUCUUCCAACCACGAGGUGAGCGAAAUUCUUGAUUAUUCAUCAGAAAAUCCUACAAUGUUGGAGGACUCUGAUGGAAUCAAUCAGAGCGUCGAUGGAGUAUCACAAUUACAUAUUACCAACCGUAAUACGGUUAGUAGCCCUCUGAGCAAGGGAUCUCCUCGAGGAAGACAAUUUGGGUCCAUAAACUUAGGAAGAAAGAGCGACCCAUACCAAAGUCCUGUGGGCUCUCCCAUGAAGGUCAACAGCGACAGUAGCCAGCCAUCAAGAUCUCCUUCCAAGAGAAGAAAGAUACACUGA